GGCACCCGAAAGCUUUGGGCGGCUCCCCCUCGCUUUGUCGCCCUCGCAGCGACACGAAUAGCACACCAGGGUUUUCGCCAGAGUCCCCUACUUUUUCCACCUCCAAACGUUCGUCCGACGCAACCGCCAUGCGGUAAUCAAUCCAAAGUAGUUAUCCCUUCAAGAAUUCCUUCUUAAGUGAUAUUGGGUGCCUUUUGUGUAAACCACCAUGGCAAGGACUGCGUUAUGUGCUCUUCUAGUGUGCCUGUCUUUGACUGGAAUUUACUGUUUCCCAGAGGUCAUUAAAGUAGCUGUUCUAAUUGGUCGAAAUGAGGAUGUUCUGGAGUACAUGCUGUUGCGUGCCGUCGAUAGCGUCAACGUUGGUAGAACAGUUCUACCCGAGUCCAAGUUGUCUUUGCUGGUGGAACACCUUCACGAGGACGAAAGUUUGGAUACUUACAAUAAAGUAUGUAAACUCGUGGAAAACAAGGUCAUCGCCUUGAUCGGUCCAAACCUCCCGGGUCAGGACUCUUUGGUAGCGUCCAUCUCUGCCGCCCUGCACGUGCCACACUUCCAGACCACAUGGCACCACGACCUGGAUGUGAAACCCUUCUCGUUCGGGCUCUCGCCCAGCCCCACGAUACUUGCCGACGCCUUUAAGGACUUCAUCGUUCGCAAAGACUGGCUCUUCUUCGUCUACAUUUACGAGGGCGACGAAGCUCUGGUGCGACUCCAGGAGUUGGAAAAAGACGAAGACGUCAUGGAACGCACACUUCUGCCCUUCGACAUCAGGGCCGACCACGACGAUGAUGCAGAUGAUGACCAAAAUGGGAUUCAACACGAGAACAAGAAUGUCUGGGAUCUCAUUAAGGAAACGAAGCACAGAAACUUCAUCAUUGAUGUCAAGAAGAAUCACAUUCGUGAUGUCCUGCAGAAGGCAAAGGACGCUGGCCUGAUGACUGCCCUGCACAGCUACCUCAUCACCUCUUUGGAUUUUCAUACGGUGAACACAAAAGGACUGCUGAAGGAAGAGGCAACCAUCUACAGCUUCAGCCUGGUAGAUCAUCAAAGCAGUGACUUCAAGGACAGGGCAGGAUUAUUUGCGGAAGCUCACCCUGCGCUCACCCAGAACUCUGAGGAAAAGGAGACUAAAUUAGUUCUGGGCUACGAUGCCGUUGGGGUCCUGGCCGAAGCGUUGCACAAGUUAUGGGCAGCAGGAGAGGGUUUAGAUCUCAAUAAUAUCACGUGUGACGACAGCAGCUUUCUUGCUGUUGGCCAGAAGCUCUUGGACACAAUUAAGAGCAGUACCUACGAAAAAUUUACUGGUCCUGUAGAGUUUGACGAGAACGGUAUGAGGGAAGUAGAAAGCAUGGAUCUGUGGCGCCUUCAAGCAGGCAGGAAGGAAAUGGUUGCAGAGUGGACACCUGAGUUGGGACUGAACUUCACCGAUGAUCCAUCGGAUGAUGACGGUGUUGUCGAUGACGAUGGGGAUAUCGACGAUAGCUCUCUGGAGGACAGGAUGAUCAUCAUCACCACUGUCACGUCACCACCGUUCGUCAUGUUGAAGGACGACGGGAAUACGUACGAAGGAAACGACCGCUUCGAAGGUUUCUGCGUGGAACUCAUCAAGAAACUUUCUGAACUGAUGCACUUCGAGUACGAAAUUCAGCUUGUGGACGAUGGACAGUUCGGAGCUGAAUUGGAACCUGGAAAAUGGACGGGCAUGAUCGGAGAAGUUGUUGAAGGCAGGGCAGACAUGGCAGUAGCACCACUUACCAUGACCUCAAGCCGCCUCUCUGCCGUAGAGUUCACGGUACCCUUCAUGAAGACGGGUAUUGGGCUCAUGUACAAUCGUCAGGACGAGACUGUGGUACAUACAUUUUUUAGCCCGUACACUGCCGCCAUGUGGGUGUACAUCGUCGUCUCCAUCUUGGUGGCCACUGGUCUCAUUUGCCUCAUCGGAAGAAUGACGCCCUUCCAGUGGGACUACGUGUCUGACACCCGCAUGGAUACCGAUUUCACUGUUGGAAACACCUUCUGGUUCCUUUUUAGUGCUCUCAUGUUCCAGAGGAUGACCCUCACUCCAAGAUCACUGUCGACAGUGGUGGCGUUCUUGACCUGGUGGGUGUUUUGCAUCGUGAUCAUCGUGUCCUACGCGACAGUCCUCGGCGAGCUCAUCAUACGGUACAAGGACCAGCCGACGCUCGAUGACGUUGAAGACCUACUCAAGCAGAACCAGAUAAAGUAUGGAACACUACGCAGGGGUUCCACGCAAAGUUUCUUUGAGAAGUCAACCUUCCCUCUGUAUAUGGAACUUUGGCAAGGAAUGCAGCGGCACGGAGAGGCUGCCUUCGUGGACAGCUAUGAAAAAGGCAUUGAACGGGUUAUGAAGGGCGACUACGCUAUGUUCAUGGAGUCACCCGUACUGAAGUACGUCGAGUCCCGCUACUGCGACGUCGAGCAUGUUGGAGACAUCAUUGGAUCAAGCGGGUACGCGAUCGCGGUUCCGAAAGGUGCCCAGUACCUGUCGGAGCUGUCCGCGAGUAUAAUUAAGUUGAAGUACGACGGAACACUCCAGCUCUUGGAACAGUACUGGUGGGAAUCACACAACGUGGCCAACUGCCCUCCAGACGAGCACAUCUACAGGCCGACGCCGUUUACCGUUCGCUUUGGUCGCCUCAACCUCGUCUUCAUAUUCCUCCUUUUAGGUCUCAUCAUCACUAUGGUGAUCACUUUGGUGAACUUUGCCAGAAAGCAUACGAAGAAAACUCUCGCCUCGGGCACCUCCGAGUCUCCGGUUACAAUAUGGAAUACGUUACUGGAACAGCUACGUGCAGCGGUCAUCUGCAAAAGCCCCACCAAAGCAGAUACUGAGGCACCCUCUGCUGAAGACGGUACAGUCCAAGCACCCCAGCAGCAGCAAACAACGUCACCAGCCUAGAAUAUUUACAUGAUUCUCCAUUCAAAUACUGUGAUCACUGGGAGAUACACCUUGAUUAUGUGCAAUAUUUGCAUUUCUACGACGUUUACAAACAAAUACUGUGUGAAGAUGCGGUUUCGUUAAAAGCCACUUCGUCGGCAGUGUAGGCACGCGCAAUCACAAGCCGACACAUCGAAAGAAGUUCCUAACACCCACAGUGAGUAGUAUCGAUAAAAGAUUACUCAUAAUUUUCACUGAUAACUGAUAAGAUAACUGAACACAAUGUGGGAGUUCCUUAGAUUAUACGAAAUAUUUUAAUAGUUCUGUCCUACUUUGUAAAGGAUGUCCUUGCACCAUGUGAAGACUUUCAGGUAAUGCGAUCCCAAUCAACGCAAUUUGCUCCAAACAACUUACGUGUAGAGACGAACAACAUACUAAACGAUCUUUUCUACGGUACAAAGUUUUGGCAGUGUCAUCGUUCAAAGGUGAAAUAAAGUUUCUAUGAACUGCA